AUGAACUGGUUCAUAAUCCUUUCUUUAUUUUUCAUUUGGAAUUUCCAAGAAUGUGACUGCUGUAUGAAAUGGAAAAUGAGUGCAGAUAAUUGCGACUGUCCAGAUAUUCGUGAUCGCUAUAUUGAUAAAUGGAACGAGAUAAAUAAAACCGCACUUUGGUAUACUGAAGAAGCUGGUUGUGCUAGAAAUCUCAGUUGUGGUUUGCAUUUGAGAACAACGCUUGUUUUCAAUUUCCAAGAAUCUGAAAUUCCUUUUCCUGAUGCCGCAAGUGACCCUUUUGCAGAAGCCCUAAGUACACUAGAUUUAUAUGAUAAUUCACCACCAGGACGUACUCUGAACUUGUUUUCUUACUUUGGAAUAAUUUGUGAGAAUAAGGAUUGGUAUGCGACAAAAUACCCCAACGGAUUCGCGUAUAAUGGAACUGACUACAAAAGGAAAUAUAUGGCAACUGGAGGGGAAUACAAAGGAUCGAAAAGCAGAGUUUGGCUUUUCACUUGCAAGAUGCCACGUGAAUUUUUGUGA